UCGUUGCUCACUUUACUGGAGAGGAAGCAAAAGUUAUACAAAUAAUUUCGUGGAUAUAGCAAUGGCUAAUAAUUCAAAAGAAAUGAAUGUAUCUUUGAUUUGCUUCUUCUGGUUCGUUAUAUUCAUUGUAGAUCAUGGAUUAUGUGUUAAUGACUGCAAUACAUCAACAUGUGGGAGCUACGGCCCAGCCGUUCGAUUUCCCUUCCGAAUCAAAGGCAGGCAACCACUCCACUGUGGAUAUCCUCAAUCUGAGUUUCAUCUUUCUUGCUCAGAGAAGAACGAUACUGUUCUGGAGCUUACGACUUCAUGGAAACUCUUCAUCCAAAAAAUUGACUAUAAAUCUCAAGUUAUUUAUGCUAACGAUCCAGAAGGUUGCCUUCCAAGAAGGCUUUUGAACUUCAAUCUCUCUGUUUCUCCCUUCUAUCUUAAGGGGGAUUAUGCCGACGAAAACACCUUAUUCAAUUGCUCUUCAAAAGGAGGUUAUCUCCCAAUCCCCUGCCUUAGUAGUUCACAAUAUCAAGUCUAUGCCGUUGACUCAGAUAGUACUAUUGGUUACGAUUGGUUGUCUUGCACUAAGAUACAUGAUAUUUCACCAGUGCCAUAUCAUUCUCUCUAUUCCGAGGAAACAAUUCUUGGUUUGAGUUGGUACAAUCCCAAGUGUAAACAUUGUGAAGUAAAAGGCAAGUACUGCAGAUUGAAGAGCAACGACACUACAUCUGAAACUCAGUGCUACGGCAUGCUCAAGCCACAUAAAGGGGCAACAACCAAAUUUAUAGAAACAGGUGUAAUUUUAGGUUCAAUCCUUCUUGUAGUAGCAGCCAUCCUACUCUAUCGCAGAUAUAGGUUCAACAAAAUGGAAAGACAAUAUCAGUCUAAGAUUGAAAAAUUUUUGGAUGACUAUAAAUCUUUCAAGCCUACUAGAUAUUCCUAUGAUGAUAUUAAGAGGAUGACUAACCAAUUCAAAGACGAAUUGGGCCAAGGAGCUUAUGGAACUGUGUUCAGAGGAAAGCUAUCUGACGAAAUUUUGGUAGCUGUUAAAGUCCUCAACAGCUCCAAAGGAAAUGGUGAGGAGUUCAUAAAUGAAGUUGGAACAAUAGGUAAAAUCCACCAUGUCAAUGUGGUUCGUUUGAUUGGAUUCUGCGCUGACGGGUUUAGAAGAGCUCUAGUUUAUGAGUACUUGCCAAAUGAUUCUCUACAGAAGUUCAUCUCUUCAGCAGACACCAAGAACCGUUUCCUUGGCUGGAAAAGGCUGGAAGAUAUUGCUCUCGGCAUCGCUAAAGGAAUUGAAUAUCUUCAUCAGGGGUGUGAUCAGAGAAUCCUCCACUUUGAUAUCAAACCGCAUAACAUCCUGCUUGAUCACGACUUCAAUCCCAAAAUCUCAGAUUUUGGAUUGGCUAAGUUUUGUGCUAAGGAUCAGAGUGCAGUGUCCAUGACAACGGCUAGAGGGACCAUUGGCUAUAUCGCACCUGAAGUGUUCUCAAGGAACUUUGGGAAUGUUUCCUACAAGUCGGAUGUUUAUAGCUUUGGGAUGUUAGUGCUAGAAAUGGUUGGAGGAAGGAAAAUUGUUGAUGUAGCGGAAGAAAAUGAUCAGCAAAUAUACUUCCCAGAAUGGAUUUAUAAUCUUUUAGAAGAAGGAGAAGACCUUAGGUUUGAAAUUGAGGAAGAGGGAGAUACUAAAAUUGCGAAGAAACUGGCAACUGUGGGGCUCUGGUGCAUUCAGUGGAACCCAGCGGAUCGCCCCUCAAUGAAAGUUGCUGUUCAUAUGUUGGAAGGGGAAGGAGAGAAUAUACCAAUACCUCCCAAUCCUUUUAGCUCUUCAGUUCCAACAAAAACAAAGGCAAGAACACCAGGGAAACGACUUCUCCAAGAGUUGGAGGUCAUCUCAGAGGCAGAGUAAAAUCAUAAAUUGAGGCGGCAGUUCUAAGACAGUCCCAACAGCAGGUGGCACGUCAGCUGCAAGCCUCACAAGAAUGAGACUUCACCACACCAUAAUUUUCAUUUUCAUUGCCUCACAUAUUUCAAAUGGCAUUAGAUUCUAAGCUUUCUUUGCAGACUUGAAGCUUAUGCUGCUGUGUGCAGUUAUGUUAUACUUGUAACCAUAUGCAAAUAGUGUUAUUGGAUUGUUUCUGACGUAUCAUUUGUAAGAUUGUUGCAAGCAUAAGAAGCCACUUCAAUUUCAUUCCUUUUUUUUU